GCGUUUCUGUUUAGAAAUCAAUUAUCUUUAAGAUGAAAAUAACUUUUAACUCAAACCAAACCUUCCCUCCUUCACCCUGCACCCCCUAUUUGCUGAAAGCUCCAUCCGUCAUAGUGCACCACCAGGAAAUGGAGGAGCUGUGAUGAUGAUGAUGAGUGCGUUGCUGCAGCCGAGAGAGGCAGCAGAACUGGGAGGGGAAACCAGCAAGCAGCUACAGGCGACAGCGACAACUUUUAACACUUUGCAGGUAUCGUGCAUCAGCAGGGGAAAAUGAGCGAAGCGAAUCAGCCCAAAGUUGAACUUUUUGUGAAGGCAGGAAGCGAUGGUCAGAGCAUCGGCAACUGUCCCUUCUCCCAGCGUCUCUUCAUGGUGCUGUGGCUGAAAGGAGUCACCUUCGAUGUUACCACAGUGGAUAUGAAGAGGAAGCCAGACAUCUUGAAGGACCUGGCUCCGGGUGCCCAACCUCCCUUCCUGUUGUACGGCAGCGAGGUGAAAACAGACACCAACAAGAUCGAGGAGUUCCUGGAGGAAAAUCUCAGCCCUCCGAAGUAUCCCCGUCUGGCUGCUCGUAACCCAGAGUCCAACACAGCAGGCAUGGAUGUUUUCUCCAAAUUCUCUGCUUACGUCAAGAACUCAAACCCUCAGGCAAACGAAAAUCUAGAGAAAGGCCUGCUGAAGGCUCUGAAGAAGCUGGACGACUACCUCGGCUCCCCACUUCCUGACGAGAUCGAUGAGAAUAGCGACGAUGAGCUCACUUCCUCAACCCGCCCCUUCCUGGAUGGCCAAGAGCUUACUCUAGCUGACUGCAACUUGCUGCCUAAGCUCCACAUCGUGAAGGUGGUGUGUUUAAAAUACCGAAACUUCAGCAUCCCUCAGUCUCUGACAAACCUCUGGAGGUACCUGAACGCAGCGUACGCCAGGGAGGAGUUUGCCUCCACCUGCCCGAUCGACGAGGAGAUCCACAUCGCCUACUCCUCUGUAGCUAAAGCUCUCAAGUAGGAGCCCAGCGGGAUGCACCCGUCAUACACCAGUACAAAAACACACAUUUACUCACCUGCACACACUCUGCAAGCAACUUGGUCGAUCUGUUUCUCAAGAGGCUUCAUUGCAUCUGUACGGUCAUUUUUUGCAGCUUUAAAAGUUAAUAUCACCUUUUUAUAAUGUUAGUCCAUACAGCUGCUUUUCCUAUCAUUAAACUAUACUCUUAGAUUUGUUUUAGAGAUGUUUAUUCAUGUAGUGUUCCAGCUUUUUGUUUGCCAAGUGGAUUUGUUUACAUCAGAAGGGAAACGAGGAAGCACGGGAGUCAGAUAAGCUGAUGCAACACAAAUGCAUGCGCACAAAAAAAGAAUUAGCUGUGGCAAAAUGUAUUCCUAGUGUUCCUGUACAUUCACCUCUGUAGGAAGUUAAUGAUGGAUCACGUUGCUUACACACACACACACACACACACACACACACACUUAAAACUACAGCAGUUUCACCAUCUGUAGAUACACAGUGUAAAGUUGUUUCUUCUUCCUUUCUUGAUGAGUUUUUUUUUUUUAACAGUAUAUCUUUUUUUUUUGCGGGGUGGUCUUGCAAGCCUCACACAAGCUGAUUCAACUCUUAUUGUCAGUCUUGGUAUGAAGGAAGUGGGUUUUUUUUAGGUUACAAACAUGCUUACCAGCGCCAGCUCACCUGCCAAAGUGUUGUGGUUUGUCUGUAAUCACAGAUCCUUCACAUUGAUUUUAUUAUUUCAUUACUGAAGGACCAAGGCAUUUCAUUUGAUAGUUGAGGAUUACAAAUAGUAGUAUUAAUACUAAUUUUAUUAAAUAGAUAUAACAGCUUUUUAUUCUUCAUAGUUCACCUCAGAGAGGAAGUGGGGUGUUUUCCUCAGCGGCCUGCAGACCGGGUAGCACUUUAGGGAGGCAGAGCUGAAUAGCAGUUAUAGAGACAGGAAACUAUUUGAAUAGACUCGGGCUUCCCCUUUCUGUGCUCCCACAGCAGGGGUGAAGGAUUAUUAAAGAUUACCCAGCUUGUUUGUGAUCUGCUGUCGGAGCCUUUUACCAACAGUUUAUUUUGUUCUGCCUGUCGUAUAUGAAGGAUCCUUUUUAGUUUCAUACAAAAGAGGGAGAUCAGAUUGUAAGUGUAUUGAAGUGGCCGUGAAUGAAGAAGUUAAAUACUGUUGUUAACUGCUAGUCUUAAAUAGAGCUCAACAGUGGCCGCCCACUUUUGAACCGCUCUGGUUCCGGAAGUGAUUUUCCCCAUUCAAUAUUUCCAUUGAAGUUUCAGAAAAUGCUUAUACAAAGAGUUUUAAACCUAGAACCAAGCCAGCUACAAGAUGAAUCGUGACCACAAAACAUUUUAUUCGGCGCAAAAGAACAUUUUAAAAAAUGGAAAAUAAAAGCAAAGAAAAAAACAUUUCUAUGGUAACAGCAACCUCCACCAAUCAGAGACGUCGCUGUAUUGCAUAGGAUUGUGAGUAGUGUAGUACUUCUCCAUGACAUCGUGAAUAAAACCCUUUUUUCUUAAAACAAGGUUGAUAUCAUACGGACUUGUGGCCUCUACAGGGGCAUAAAACAUUGUUUCGCUACCUCGUAGCUCGUGGUAAGUCUACUUGGAUGGUUUAGACUUCAUGGCUAAUAAUCAAAAUCCUCAUGGAGAAAAUCAAUGGGAUUUUUACUUCGGGAACCACACUGUUGAGCAUCUCUUGAACGCACUUGUACUGCCUCCUCUAGUAGCUCGGGGCACAAGGCCUGCUCUGUCACGUUCUCCUAACGGGGAAAAAAACAGCAGCAAGUUAGAUGUAAACAUGCACAAUGUUUAAAGUGAAAAUCACACUUGCAGCUUUAGAUUGCUGUCUUUUAUUAAUUAAAAGUAUAAGACUGGCAAUAUUCAAUACUUGUUUUAUUAACAUCAAUUCACAACAGAUCCCAUUUAAAAUAUCAAUACUUUAUGAAUGAAUUAUUCAACCCUGUCUGGCCUUGAGAUCAUUCAGUCCUACUGAAGAUGGAAUCUUGGGUCACAAAUAUAUUAUUUAAUUUAUGCAAAUGCAAAGUAGUUUCCUAACACUGCAGGGCACUGUAGUUUUAAACAAACACCACUCAAACAGGAGUAAAUAGUGGGUAUUUACAGCAGAGGGACGGUGUAUUUGGGAGGGAUUCAAAAACUACAGGGCAUAUGUUCAUUGUAAUGUAAUGUAACUCAUUAAUGUGUUUCUAGCUCUAUGGUUUUGGUCUUUUAUGGUGUUUGUUGACAAAAAUGUAUACGAUUGAUAAAUUUCAAUAUCACCAGACUUAUCCUUAAAUGAAAAACUGUGCAUACUUAGUGAAUGCAGGCUGUCACUUAACUGUCAUGUAGGGCUGGACGAUUAAUCGAAAAUGUAUCGACAUUGAAAUUCUGAAGCUGUUAUCAACUUUUUUAUCGUUUUUCCCAUGACGAUAAUUUCGAUAAUUUAUUCCUGUUGAUAGGCCUACUUUCUCCUUAAAAACAUUUUACCGUGUGUGUAGUCACGUGACUUUGCCCGGACCAGUUAGCCGCAUGGAAAGCAUAAUGGAGGAUGACUCAAACACAGAGUCCGAUGUCAACUGAGCAACUUGUGCCCAAAAAAAACUCAGUGUCCGUCAUCUGGAAACAUUUUGGCUUCAGAAAAGAUGAUUUAGAACAACGUGAUUAAUUAUCGUUCAUUUAUCGUUAUUGAGGUAAAAUGUGCAAUUAAUUGUGAUUUUGAUUUUAGGUCAUAUCGUGCAGCCCUACAGUCAUGUGUCACCAGUAUAAUGCACUCUUGUUAAGUUUGCUAGUCUGAAGUCAUUCUUGUAAAAGUGACUUGAAAUUGAACUGCUGGGAAGAACAACUAACCAGGCCUUGUCCGACUGUUGCAGCAGCUUGUGUAGACGAUUUUAUUAACUUCACGGCAACUAAGCAAAUUACCAUUAAUAGAGGCUUUUGGCAAUUAAGACUGGAUUUAUACAGUAGGUUUGUUGUGAGCCCAAGAUAGCCUCAAUAUGUGUCAUGUAUCUCAGAUCAGGGUGAAGCUCUUUAAAAUAAAAAAUUAAACCUAAGUGCAAUUCAAGCCAAUUGAAAAGGCAAGCUUAUACACAGACAGAUUAUUUUACGCGUCCAGUGUGAGCACAGUUGGUUAUUUUUCUACAUGAUUUUAGUUAAAUCCUUCCUUGAGGUGUAAUGCAACUGUUGAUCAAAGAGAUGAUACUGUAUAUUUUAUAUUGACUCAAUUGUUAUGGAUUUCAUCUAUUUUCAAAAAAUGGACCAACAUUUAAAGGGAUCAUGUCUGAAUAAUUUCAGUGCUCUUGUAUUUUAGUAUUUCUUCUCGACAAGUGUAGAAGUUUUUCCACUUCUAACUGUUGGAUUUGAUAACAUUUCAGGGACCAUUUAAUAAAAAAUAAAAAACUAAUUGGAUAUAUUCAUUAAAAUGUUACUUUAAUUAGUUAGUUUUUCACUUUUUUUCUUUAAAUUUCAUAUCAUGUAUUUUCUUUUUUAUAAGACCCAUAUUGUGCUUUUGACUCAUUUCCCUACAAUAUUUUAACUUUUUGUUUUGUCUUUUUUCAUGUCAUGUAGUCAAAAGCAGUUGCACUUAAAAGUCCACAGGAUCAAAACAAACAGUGGUGUGGACACUAAACCAGUAGAUUUGAAUAAACAAUAAAGACAAUCAAACUAAUGGCACAGCUGAAUUGUAUUUUGUACUUUAAAGCCUUUUACAGACACUUUUUUUAAUAUCCCAAUAAAGAAAUAUCUUGAUAAAAAAAAUCAA